GUUUUACCAUCAGCUAAACUUCUACAUUCCAUUUCGUUGCCAUCUUGAUCCGACUAUAACCUUUGCACUGCUAGCCAGAGGUUUGAUUCAUUCGCAGAUUGAUGUCAUAAGGUCACAAGGGAGAUUGUACGCGACAUGCUGCGUAUCAGACAAUGGUCGUGGUAAUGCGUCAACGGGAACUGGUCGGUAGCGAAGAGCGGCGGUCACAAUUGUCUCGAAAUGACGAAGACCUAGUCAGGAUCAACAGAGACUCUGCGGUUGAUCUUGCGCCUUCGACUCCACAUACCAUCAACCGGCCGGAUACCGACAAAAGCAAUGCACAACCACAGAGCCGUUCAUCAAGCAUUUCUGGAAGUCGAACAGCAACCUCUCAACCUGAUUGCAAGCCAAAUGCUGCUUUGUCUCGUCGAGGCAAGAAGCUGGCAACUGCAAAAGCCGACAAGGACAAGGCCUCGUCAGACGAUGACCAACCUCUUAUUGACACGACUGCCCAACUCGCAUUGCAUUCCAAGAAGACGGCCCGCCUACAACGAAGGCAAGAGAAGAAGCAGUCGGCUCGGAAAAUACGAUCGGAAAUCCAAUCGAUCCUCGACCUCCCGCCAGAAAUUUUGUUGCUCAUAUUGAGUUUUCUACAGCCCAGUGACAUAUACACAUUACUACGUCUGAACCGGUUAAUGCGAAUCUUCAUUCUGGACAACGAAAACGCCAUUGCCGACAGCAUCAUGAGCCGCCGGUACUGGGUACUGCGGCAAUGCUUCCCGCUGCCCGUGAUGCUGGAAAAGGUGCCGGAUAUUGCACGUCCGGUACUGCUGAGCCAACAAUGGCAGGAUCGGUUGCGGAUCCACAAAAGCCCUUACCAGCACAUCAAGCAGAUUGACCCGUCGACAGUUUGCACCUGCAUGAGCUGUGUGCUGGCCUGGAACAAUCUGUGCAUCAUCCUCGACCUUGCCCACUGGCAGCCCAACUUUGACAAACGGGAACCACUUCCCAUUAUCCCGCGUGGUCGAAAUCCCGAAUGGAAUGUUGAUCUGCUGGAGAAGAACGCCCAAAUCGUCAUGAAGGCCAUGCAUAGUCCUCUGGCUCAUGCUCGUAUACUCCAAAUCCAUCUCGACGUGACUACCCGCACGAUACUGCGCACGGAGCGGUGGCGGAGAGAUGGGAAAGAGAAAGACAAAAUCGAUCGUCCGAACUCGAGAGACAAGAUACUGCCAGUUGAACCGGCCAGACCGCGUCUCUAUCGUCUCACGGAUGAAGAUGUUGCUGCUCAGACAGAUGAGUUUCUCGAGCGAAGUGGUCCACCGAGUUACCAGCCUAUCUACAUGCGUGACAACUACUACAAUGUCGAGGCGUUUGUGCCGAAUCGCAAGUGGGACAGAGAUGAGCACCGUUGGCACUAUUACUCCAAGUGGCCAAAGCCUCAUGAAAAUGACCUUGCCUGGUUGGUGGCGAGGUUUACGCCGAAGACUUGACAAGGGUUACAGCGUACACUUGGAGCACAACUCGGCCUUGGUCCAGUCAAGGGCAGGAACUGCUAGUGGAGCAACGCUUCGGCAAAAACAGCCUGCUACGUCGACGAGAGAGCACCGUCUUUUGCUGGUUGAUGCCAUCGGCGAACCGUGCAAGGACCCAAAAGCAGCUCUAGCCUGCAUGGUGGGUGCGAAUCUCUUCGAUGAGUCGGCCCUAUGUCAAUGUAGGUCGGCUAUUGCUUGACGAGGUACUGCAAUCCGCCAUGCUUUGAGGACAAGCGCCGAGCGCAAGUAACGAGCUGAAUUGAAGCUCGCCAGGGUUUGAUUCAGACGCAAACCCGGCGCCAUUCCACACACCACUCCCGUGGGCAGAAUGAACAGCCAUUCAGGACAAGCCAAAUGAAAGGAAAAGCCGCAGUAAUCAACCAACAUGACAGAAUCUGCCAUAACGUGAAGUGGAUACAAGCGCAGAGACAUGUGGUGCAUGGGAGGGAGGAGUCGGCCAACGGUCUCUGGAAAUGGUCUUCCCGGUACAGUACCGCUGAACCUACCUACCUGUAGGUAGGUACGUAGUGAUAAGACUGGGCGUCUCAGAGGUCCUGAUCCCAGCGGAGCCGCUGUACUGUCUCCCACACCACAUAGCCACACUAGCAGUCAAGAAGCAUCGAUGCACGAUUGACAUCCUCGCGCGUAGCUACGUAAUUCUACAUUCAGUGAAGAAACGAAGGACGAGGCUCGCGACUCUGCGAAGCAAACAUGUCAAACACG